AUGAAUCGUAUUCCCUCGAUCGGUCUUGGUACAUGGAAAUCACCACGCUCAGAUGAUCUUGUCAACGCCAUUGUCUAUGCUGUAAAGGAGGCAGGUUACGUCCACAUCGAUUGUGCAGCUGUUUAUGGCAAUGAAGAUAUUGUUGGCCAAGCCUUCAAGAAGCUUUGGGACAUGGGUAUUAAGCGUGAGCAGCUCUGGAUUACUUCCAAGCUUUGA